UUUGAACAUGAAGACAUCUCCAAAGUUUGUUUUCUAUCUGACAUGUUUGUUCUUGUGCAAAAUGGCUCGGAUGACUAAUCUGUCCGGAUCUCUUCGUCAAGAGAGAGGUUUUCUAUCACUUUACGUUGGCGAAAGCAUAAAUAUUCAAUGUUUCAUUGAAAGUGAUCCAACAGCAUCGUAUUACUGGUAUAAGCAAAUUUUGGGACAGAAACCAAGGAUCAUCUCUACCUUUUACAUGUAUGAUAAAAGUGCCAUUUUUUAUGAUGAAUUCGAGAACAAUCCACGUUUCGCCUUGGAUACUAAAAAUGGUAUAAAUCACUUGAAGAUCUCAGAUUUACGUACUUCAGACUCAGCUACUUACUACUGCGGAAGUAGAGGGUCAAUAACAUUUGAAUUUGCGGAAGGCACUACUGUCAGUGUAAAGGAUUCAGGUUUGAACCAAGCUUUGGUCCAUCAGUCAGUUUCUGAGACCAUCCAGCCAGGAGGCUCUGUGACUCUCAACUGUACCGUACACACGUGGACCUGUGAUGGAGAACACAGUGUUUACUGGUUCAAAUACUCUGAAGAUUCUCAUCCAGGACUCAUUUACACCCAUGGACACAGGAGUGAUCAGUGUGAGAGGAAACCCAACACACAAACACACACCUGUGUCUACAACCUACCAGUGAAGAAGCAGAGUUGUUCUCAUGCUGCAACCUACUACUGUGCUGUUGCCUCAUGUGGACACAUACUGUUUGGGAAUGGGACCAAACAGGAAACUGAGGAUGAGGAAGAUUCCCUUGUCUUGGAGUAUUUCUUGAGCGGCGCCCUGGUGUUCACAACCAUCCUAAGUGUUUUACUGGCUUUCCUACUGAUAAGUAAGAGAAACAGCUGCCAACGUACAGAAUCUAAUGCGAGAUUUUCAGCUUCCUCCAAAAUUAAUCCAGAGAAUCUUAAAAAUGAAGAAAACGUCCAGUACGCUUCCUUAAGGGUAAAAAAUGCCAACAGAUCUAGAAGACAAAGAGAUGACACAGAGGAUGGAUCCGUAUACUCCAUUGUAAAGCGGUGAAGCUGGACAUGUUUGAUCUUUGUCUCUGUGCAACAGGAAAACGACUUCAAUUCUGUCUCUUUCUGUGUAAUUUCAAGUGUAAUUUCACCUAAAAUGUUUACUGUAAAGCUUUACUUUGCUAUAAACUAACCAAAGAAGCUCUUCCAAUGACAACAUAUGAAGAUUGAAAGUGCAGUGGGCUGUGUAUCAUUACACCUGCACUUCUUGUACUUUUAGCUAAUUAACUGAAUUGAAUUUCCAAAACUGUAAAGUAACCACUAUAACAAAGUCCCCUUCACAGUGGAAGAUGUACAGCCUUCCAUAGAAAUGAAAUGUGCACGUUUUUCACAAAGCAAACACUUUUGUCAUUGGCAGUGCAGUAUGUACAAAUCAUAAAUGUUAUCUACUAGUGUGGUUACAAAAAUAUAAACUGACAAACCAAAACGGUUCAUUUAUUAAAAUUCUGAUCAUU